GACAAACAAGCACUUCUGGAUAUGGGAUUUUCAGAUGCCAGGGUGACCAAAGCAUUGCAAAUGACCAAGAACUCGGGCUUACAAUCUGCUAUGGAUUGGCUAUUUGCUCAUGCCGACGACAACGUAUCAGAUUCCCUUGAAGUCAACGAAGCCAGUGAAUGCGCAGCUGCUACACAGGCAUCUGGGUCAACCGAUCACGAUAAGGACGGAGAGAUAUCUCAGGAUCAAGCUACUGCACAAUCCCUAAAAUGUGAGGACUGUGGUAAACUGUUGCGUGAUGCCGCUGCUGCUGAGCUGCAUGCUGUAAAGACUCAGCAUGUGAAUUUCUCAGAGUCUGUAGUUGCAAUCAAACCCCUUACUGAGGAAGAAAAAUCUCAAAAGCUUAAAGAUCUACAGGCUCGAUUGGCAGCUAAGCGUGAGGAAAAGCAACUAUUGGAAGUUGAGGAAAGGAAAAAAAGCGAGCAAGUGCGUCGACGCACUGGUCAAGAAAUAGUUGCACUCAAGGAAAAGAAGGAGCAGGACGAUAUGAAAAAAGCACUCGAUGACAAAAAGCGUGAGAAGCAAGAGGAGAAGAUGGCUCGUGAACGAGUGCGUGCGCAAUUGGAAUCAGAUAAACGCGAGCGCCAUAGAAAGGCCGAAGAAAAGAAACGUCUUGCACAGGGCAUUGCAUUGCCAGCUCAUGUUACUGCUGCUCCUGUUGCGUCAAAUCCUUUGUCUAGUGUAUCGUAUUCUGAAGCACGCUUGAAUAUUCGUACACCUGAUGGAAAAUCGUAUACUCAAAACUUUUCUGCUGAUGACACACUGUCCAAGGUAUACAAUUAUCUGGAAGAAAAGAUUGGUCCCAACUCAUUUAAGCUUUGGCAACCAUUUCCACGCAAAAUGCUUGGUAAUAACGAUCUUGGCAAGUCGCUCAAAGACCUUUGCCUGGUUCCUUCUGCUGCACUUAUUGCCCAAUAAAUACUUUAUGUCAAUCCAGCUGUUUAAAUGUAAGCAGCAUGUUGUGC